AUGGGAUUUUUGAGUGGCGUUCUCAGUAACAUCAGAGAGCAUUUAGGGCAGCAUAAAGAUACUUUAGACAUUGCAAUUAACACUCUUAACAAAAAUAAACACGCCGGUAAAAACGGUUUUAAUGAAGCGAUUGAAAAGGUGGUCGAGGGGGUGCGGGGGUAUAAUGAUAAGGUGAGGGAGAGUAAUGAGAAAAUUAAUGGCGUGAUAAUUAAUUUUACAAAACAGAUAAAAAACAUUCCGGAGGCUGUACGAAACUUUAAUGAUCAUAAUAGUGUUAACCAAAUUAAUGAUUCAGUCGAUGAGUGCAUCAAGGCAUCGUCGAAGUAUGUAGUAGGCAUGUUAACAGUACACAAAGAGAUCAAAGACCUUGAGGAUAAUUUAGAAAAUAAGGUUAACAAUACUACUAAUAUUAUUGAAUACCAAUAUGGGAGGUUGAGUUUAAUUUAUGAAAAACAAAAAGAGGAUCUCCAGCAGCUGACUGAGUUGCUUGGUGAACAGCAUAGAAGUGUUCAAAAACAGAUAAAUAAGACUACCGAAGAGAAAGUAGGUGAAUAUGCUGGUGAAAUAUAUGCUAGAGUUGAUAAGCUUAAAUCGAAUAUAGUCACUGUAAAUGGUACUUUGAAAACGUAUGUCAGUGAAUUAGAAAACUGGAUCGAAAUAGUGCAAAAAUCUGUAGAAAUGGCUUUGAAAAAAGUUGAGACAAUCUUGAAUCUAGCUAGUGGAAAUUCGUCACCGAACUAUAGAGAAGAUCUUGAGAACGCCGUUAAAGCGCUACAGCAGAAAUGCUUGGCUUUGUUCAAAGCAUAUGACACGGCAAACAAGGCUUUGCCAGGAUGGAUGAAAAAACUCCAAGAUACAGUGGGUGUGUUAGAUGAUAGGAUUCAGAAGGAUCUGGAAACAUUGCUGAGUGGGAUUAAAAAAAACCUCACCGAUUACCUUCGGAAAAUUAAUGAAGAUUUCGAAGCUUUGAGAGGUAACAUUGUUCGAAAAGCUCAGUCCAGUUCACUGGAUAAAAGCAUAGCUUUCAAUUGGGAAGUCAUUAAGAGAACGAUUUCGGGAUACGCGGCAAAUAUUUAUAAGGAAGAAAAAAAAAUAGAAAAUACUGAUAAAUCUGGAAUGUUGCAUGACAUUCUUACAGCUGUAUUAAACUAUGGUAAAAAAUUCACUACUAUGAGUUUCGGAAAAGAGAUCUUAGAUGCAUGGAUGAAGGAGAUAUUGGUGAAGAAUGAUAGGUGGAUAACCGGCAGAUUAGAUACAUACGUCAGAGAUAAUGGAAUUGGUACUUUUGAGACGACCCUAAAUAUUACAAGUGGCAGCGCUUCCACACUCCAUGAGACAAUUAAGAAGAAGAUUACAGCGAAACUUCAAAGCGAAAUAAUUCAGAAGGCUACACAAAAUUACAGUGAGGUACUCGACAGUGUUGCGGGCAAUUUGGGCGCUAUUCACAGAGUGUGCGAGCGAUUUGCCAAAGAUCUUAACGAAAAGAUUGCAUCGAACGGUGUUAGUGAUAUUGCCGAGGAAAUAGCCCGGGAGAUUGAGAGGGGAAACGAUGGCAUUUUAAAGCAAAAAGAUAAAGACAGCAACCAUCGACUCGAUCUCACAACUGCUAUCGAACGCAUUCUUCACAGACUCACUGAUAGAGCCAAAGAAUUCGUAUCUGAUGUCGAGAAGCUGGUUAAGGAAUGCAAAUUGGAAAAUGUAGAUGCUUCUAUGAAACUAGCGCGAAAUAUCAGAGAUCAACUUGAUCACAAAUAUAGCGCCGGGAAAGCAAUUGAUGUAGCAUUGGAGGAAGUUACGUCAAUAAUUGAGUUGCUAGACACCAGCCUGUCCAAGGAGGAAUUUGAGGGUGAGGUUGACAAAGCGAUGUUAUCCUACGUGAAAGGCAAAUUGAGAAGCAAAAUGGAAGCCUACAAUAAACACGUAACAAACAGCAGCGAUGAGAAUACGUUGGCAAAGGCCAUCAAAGACGUUGAAGAGAAAGCCUUGGAACCGUUCUACCAACCUGUCAACACUGACAAAAUAAACGACGCAACAAUACAUAAGACAGCCAAAGAUAUUGGUGCAAACUUCGCUCAGCUGUGCGACUCAAUACUAAAGGCCGCAUCUACAGAGGGCCCAGACAGCGCUAAAAGAAAAUUAGAGGACAUGAAAAAUUAUUGGAUCGGAAAAGAUACUAACGGUAAAUUAAAAACUCUUAAAGAAAACUUAAACACCCUUCAAAAGAGCACGUUGUUCCCACUGAUAUCCAAGACGCAGGAGAUCGCUCAGCGUGUCUCCACUGAGAGCUCUCGACUAAUUCGGGAACUCUCUGAGCACGUAAACCAAUUGAUUGAUAAUGCUACAAAUACUGUAACUCACGACAUGCAACGGAGAUAUGUGAUUUUCAUGAGAUAUCAACUUGAAGAGUUUUCCAAUAAUGUAACUAAGGUACUUACCGAUUUCCCUGAGGCCAUUAACAAGGACGCUGAUAAGAACCACAAAGGAUUUAUGAAGGUUAUCCAAACGAAAUUAGCAACCAGUACGAUUAACAGCACUCUAAAUUUGGCCGACAAACCAGUCACUUUAACGACCAAAGUUACAAUUUUUUUUUCAACUCUGCUUGAUACCUUGAAACCCAACCGUGAGAUCAUGCCUAGCGACAAGCUUUCUGAUAUCAGAGAAAAACUUAACACUCUCCUCUCUGAUCUCUCCCGUUUCAACCGCCCCUUCGUCCGCAACCUCACCGCACUUUCGUCCCUCCUCGAUUCCAUCCGCCCCGCAUCCUACGCCGACGACAGCAACCCCCUGCUCGACUGUCUUAAAAAGGGCGUGCAGAUGAUGUGCGAGGAGCUCAAAAAGGCGUACGUGAGCGUGUAUGAUGGUGAGACGUUUGGUGCCAACCUUGUCGAAAAAGAGAAAUUAACGCCGUAUGGCACCCAGUUGUCCAAGGUGUUAAUGUCCAUCUUGGAGAUAUACAACGAAGAUUUGAGGUACUUGAAAAAUCGUACCAUCCACAAAUGGUCAACAAGUAGAAUAUAUGCUGGUAGCAGUUUAGGCACAUUUUUGCAAAAUAGCGGCUACAGCGUGUCCAACAAUGAGACCGAGCAGAAUGGUCACUUGGACAAGAAUGUCGACGGCACAAAGAUCAUGAGUCUGCUUGUAGGCGAAAAUUACGGUCACGUUUACCACAAGAAUAAGAAUUACAAAUUCCAGCUUGAGAACCUAUACGACUGCCUUACGACUUAUUACCGCAUUCGUCACAUCUCCACUGCAGGGUCGAAGAAGUCGCCGUGUAAUAUCUACGAGAUGCUCUGCUGGCUUACGAGUUUGCGAUACAGUUCAGUGUACUCCGAUUUUAUUUCCGACGAUUUCAGUGAUUUGUUCGAUAAGCGUGAGAUGAAGAACGCAGAAUCAAAUGACCCCGAUUUCAUUCCAGUUGACGACCUCGGCGAACUCUCUUUGAAAGCCUGCCCUCAACGGAUCACGUACGGUGAAAUACACGAUGCAAUUGUACACGUUACCGCCGUUUCAUCUACAGUCUUAACUACCAUCGUCGGCUAUGGAGACGCCCACGCAACGUACGCUGUCGAUUUUUAUAGUAACGCCCUGAGACUGAGUUACCCAUCGUCAAGCGUGGAUUGCCUCAACAUGUUGAUCGAGGUCCUCGGUCGGCUGUUGCCUGUCUUCACGUUCCUACAUGGCCAGUGCAGCAUUACCGCUAAACACUACGGAUGGUCCAACUGCUUGUACGGAAAAGGCGUCAAAUGGUCAACGUGGCCGUGUGAUGAGCACUCGAAGACAGAAGUUGAGUGCCAUGCGAAAUCACCUCUGCAAUCCUUCCUCCGCGAUUGCCUACCUGGUUACCUUCCUCAUCAAGUAGAAUCGGUCGGAUGCAAAUCUGACUGUAAAACGUGUCCCAAAAGCCUACCCGGUGCGCCAUGUAUAACACCACUUGGGUUCAGAAGCUUCACCGGUAGCAAGAAGACAGGCAAAGACCUAUGUAACGUGCUAACCAAAUUCAUGGGUAACGGGGUUGCUUCACCCUUGUUCAGCCUCACUCCCAAACCGCCGAAAACGUUGGCAGAGCACUUCGGCUUCGCCCUGUCCUUAGUUAGGAACUGGCAGAGAGAGCGCAGUUAUAGCCUUAAAACUAAGAUGGUUUCCACAAUAGAGGUUGUGUCAAUUGGCCUCUGCAAAAACGCCAACAAUUUCACCAACGCUCUCAGCAAUGCGUAUGGAGACAACAAGGUAGGACAUGAAAGCAACGGACAUCGCAGCGGUACAGAGGCCGAUCUGGCCAGCUUGUCGACAACAGAAUCAUGCGUCUAUCCGAACAAAAAUGUUCAUUGUGCUCCCUACCUCCAAUCGCUGUACAGCAAUUCCUAUAUGUAUGUGGCAGAGAAGCACGCCAGCGCCUACUUGUCUUGGGCACUAUACCUACCAUGGAACCUACAUUCCUUCCUCAAAAGUUUACUUGAUGCGUUCAGUAAUAUUGUCUGCCAAGACUGGGGAUGCAGCAGAUGCGCCCACGGUAGUGCUUGUAGACGUGGUAAUCACGGCGUAGAUUACAAUUGUCAGUGCAGAGGUAUAAUUGAGUGCCGUGGCGUACAAAGCACAUUAUACAGCUUCGGAUUCAUGUUCGGCAAUUCUGAAAAAUUAGCAGUUAAUGAAAGCAAGAGAUAUUGCCACAAUUUCUACAAGCAGUUGCGCAACGUUCUCAAUUCACAAUAUUUCACCAAAUUAUUUGAAGAAUGUGACAACUUCAUUUGGACAAUCAGAGAACCGUUCACCUAUCUAGUGCUCGCAUUCUGGUCACUAUCCCUCUUCUACCUCAUCUGCGUAAUGGUUGGCAGACUGGAUGUGCUCCACAUCAAAUCGCAUUUACACUCUCCCUCAUCACAUCGCAUCGCCGCGCAGUCACUACUUGCUGCUGGACGUGUUAACAAGCUUAACAGGGUGUUUUAUCUGCAACCGUAA